GGGAGGGUUCUCGGUGCGGAAGAUUGCGGCAUCUUCUUUUCUACUAAAUCAACGUUCAGCUCCGGAUUUCUUUCGUAUUAAGGCGACAUGUCCAUCUUGAAGAUUCAUGCACGCGAGAUCUUCGACUCCAGGGGAAACCCCACGGUGGAGGUCGAUCUCUACACAGAAAAAGGUCUGUUCAGGGCAGCUGUCCCCAGUGGAGCCUCCACUGGCAUCUAUGAGGCUCUGGAGCUGAGAGACAACGACAAGUCUCGUUACCUGGGCAAAGGCGUAUCAAAGGCUGUGGAGCAUGUCAAUCAAACCAUUGGACCCGCCCUAGUCAGCCAGGGCAUUUCUGUGGUCGAACAGGAGAAGAUUGACCAGCUGAUGCUCGAUUUGGACGGCACAGAGAACAAGUCGAAGUUCGGAGCGAAUGCCAUCCUGGGCGUGUCUCUGGCCGUGUGCAAGGCGGGCGCGGCGGAGAAGGGUGUGCCAUUGUACCGACACAUCGCUGACCUCGCUGGAAAUCCAGAGGUCAUUCUGCCCGUGCCUGCCUUUAACGUGAUAAACGGCGGUUCCCACGCGGGGAACAAACUGGCUAUGCAGGAGUUUAUGAUCCUGCCCGUGGGAGCGAGCAGCUUUAAGGAGGCCAUGCGCAUCGGCGCGGAGGUGUACCACAAUCUGAAAAACGUCAUCAAAGAGAAAUACGGCAAGGACGCCACCAACGUGGGCGACGAGGGAGGCUUCGCACCCAACAUCCUGGAGAACAAAGAAGCUCUGGAGCUGUUGAAGAAUGCCAUCAGUAAAGCAGGCUACUCAGACGAGAUCGUGAUUGGCAUGGAUGUUGCUGCGUCUGAGUUCUACCGCGACGGGAAAUACGACCUGGACUUCAAGUCUCCGGAUGACCCCGGCCGCUACAUCACUCCCGACGAGCUGGCAGACCUGUAUAAGAGCUUUAUCCAGGAUUACCCAGUGGUGUCCAUUGAGGAUCCAUUUGACCAGGACGACUGGGAUGCGUGGGCCAAGUUUACUGGGACCACUGACAUCCAGGUGGUGGGAGACGACCUGACGGUGACGAACCCCAAACGCAUCAGCAAAGCCGUGGAGAGCAAAGCCUGCAACUGCCUCCUCCUGAAAGUCAACCAGAUCGGGACCGUUACUGAGUCCAUGCAGGCGUGUAAGAUGGCCCAGACCAAUGGCUGGGGAGUGAUGGUCAGUCAUCGUUCUGGAGAAACGGAGGACACCUUCAUCGCUGACCUGGUGGUGGGACUCUGCACCGGACAGAUUAAGACUGGGGCGCCGUGCCGUUCGGAGCGUCUGGCGAAGUACAAUCAGAUUCUCAGAAUUGAAGAGGAGUUGGGAGACAAGGCCCGGUUCGCCGGGAAGAACUUCCGGAAUCCUCUGGUCUGAACUGAAACCACAUCAUGCUCUUCCUCAUAAAACCUUCCCAGUUCAGCGUAGUCCCUCUGUAACCAGUAACAUAGCCAUGGAGCAGCACCCUAACUCUACACAGUAACGCAGCUUUUUCUCACACGCAGGCCAGUAAGACAGACAGAUGAACUAGGACAUGUUGAAAUGUAUAGAUGUGUCAUUUGUUAUCGAUGUGUUGAAGGUCAAACCCUAUCUUCUGAAGGUCAAAGUCAUUGAGACAUAGCAGUUCUACGGCUAUACAAGUCUGUCUACAUACUAGAGUGCUGUGCAGUGCAGCUGUAAUGUCGAGAAAAGUAUUUAUGUGUAAAAGUAACUAGCCUGGAUUUGUGAGUGACUUGUGCAUUCACUGUAAUAAACUUUUCUGUUGAAAACGGGAAAA